GAAUGGCGAGAGGUUUCAAAAAUACAUUCAAUUGAAAAAACACAUGCGUGAGGUGUGAGAGCCCAAUUGAGUUUGUUGCACCAAGGAGUUGAAGAAGCUAACAGCCUGCACAUGCUUCAUGCACGCCACACUUUUACUCUAUCUAGUUAAUUAAUUAAGAUACAUAUCCAAGUGUAUCUCGACUCCUUUUCGUCGCGUAAAUUUUGGUCCGGUUCUGUUGAGUGUCAUGGCUGAGAACAAUGGAGUUAUGGAUCAGGCUAAGAAAGCAGGGAACCCACCCUUCUUGGUUUUCUUCAGUGGAAUCAGGCAUCUUUUCAAGUUGGAUGAUCUUGGCAAGGAAAUAUUUAGUAUUGCGCUACCUGCAGCUAUGGCUUUGGCAGCUGAUCCCAUUGCUUCUCUCAUAGACACUGCAUUUAUUGGUCAUUUAGGUCCGGUGGAGAUUGCUGCGGUGGGAGUUGCCAUUUCCAUCCUCAAUCAAGCCAACAAGGUGACCAUAUUCCCUCUUGUCAACAUUACCACUUCCUUUGUUGCAGAGGAAGACACUGUCAGAAGGAUGGCUGAAGCUUCAGUUAAAGACACAGAAACUGCAAAAGAAAAGCAAAAAGCCUGUGAACUUGAGAAGAUGGAGAAUGGUCUAGCCACAGUAAACGAAACUAAAGAAUCAACACAACAAGAUGAUGAUAAAGCAAAUGUAUGCAACACUUCUGGUACCGAUAUCAAUGCAAGCAAGAAAAAAGUCAAACGAGAGAAACGCCAUAUUCCUUCCGCAUCGACUGCACUGGCUAUGGGUACCAUUCUUGGCCUUCUCCAAACUGCACUCCUCAUACUUCCGGCUAAACAACUCUUGGGUUUAAUGGGAGUCAAAUCAGGAUCUCCCAUGUUUGGUCCUGCACUGAAGUACAUGACAUUGAGAGCACUCGGUGCCCCUGCAGUACUUCUCUCUUUGGCAAUGCAGGGAAUCUUUCGCGGUCUAAAGGACACCAGAACCCCUUUAUAUGCCACUGCUAUUGGAGAUUUAGCUAACAUAAUUUUGGAUCCAAUCUUUAUAUUUGCCUGUCACUGGGGUGUCAGUGGUGCAGCCAUAGCUCAUGUUAUUUCUCAAUACUUAUUGUGUGCAAUCCUCUUCUGCAAAUUGGUAAGAGAAGUUGAAUUGAUACCACCAAGCUUCAAAGCAUUGCAGUUCAGUAGAUUUCUCAAGAAUGGAUUCUGGUUACUUGCAAGAGUGAUAGCUGUGACAUUUUGUGUUACCGUGGGUGCUUCAUUGGCUGCAAGACUGGGUACAACAACUAUGGCUGCAUUUCAGAUAUGCUUACAGGUUUGGAUGACAUCAUCGUUGCUAGCCGAUGGCCUUGCUGUUGCUGGACAGGCAAUUCUUGCAUCCGCAUUUGCUGAAAAAGACUACAAUAAGGCAAAGGCUGCUGCAGCCCGAGUUUUGCAGAUGGGAUUUGUGAUGGGCCAAGGGCUUGCUCUAGUGGUCGGACUCGGCUUAUAUUUCGGAUCCGGUGUAUUUUCUAAUGACAAAAAUGUUAUUCGCCUAAUAACCAUAGCUAUUCCGUUUGUUGCAGGCACACAGCCUAUAAAUUCAAUGGCUUUUGUUCUUGAUGGCAUCAACUUUGGGGCAUCAGACUUUUUAUACUCUGCAUAUUCAAUGGUUUUGGUUGCAGCACUGACAAUCAGCUCAGAGUUUCUACUCUCGAAAAGCAAUGGGUACAUAGGAAUAUGGAUAGCUUUAAGCAUAUUCAUGGUUCUCAGGACAAUAGCUGGUUUAUGGAGAAUGGGAACAGGAAUAGGACCUUGGAGUUUUCUCAGGAUUACAACUCUCAAAUUACCAUCCAGCACUUGACGAUUUCCUUUGCUUUUACGCAAUCUACAUUUAAUACCACUCCUAUGUAUUUUCUGAAAAUAAAGAUAUUUAUCCUUCAUGACUAUCGAAUUGUUAUGUUUACAUUACAUACAUAUAUUUGCUGUAGCAAUUGUUGGGGUUUGGCUAAAUGAUAUGGAGUAUAAUCCAUCCAUUUCUAUUUACUCAAUUUACUUUUUUUUUCAGUCUCUUUAAAAAUAAUAUUCAUGUUUUCUUUUUCAUAUAUUUUUGCAUAAUAUAUUAAUUCUAUCCCUACAAAACCUAUACUUUUUUAUUAGAGCUCUGAAAUAUGUAAUAAAAAGCUAUUGUAGUAUCCAGUUCUCCAAAAUAUGGAGUAAAAUGAAACUAGGUAAUCUCGGGUUGCGGAAUAUGACAAAUAGAGGAAUUGGAUGUUCCGUCGUCACCUGAAAUCGUAGCCGGCCGACUAAGCUCUUCAAAGCUAUCGACGUAACUAUGGCCGACUACGCUCUUCAAAGCCGGUCCAGAUAACCAGACAGGCGGAGAAGGAGACUGCCCGAUCUCACAUGGUGAGCCCAAGACAGGACCGAACCGGAUCUGUCCAGACAGGACCAAAG